AUGUCCGUUCCGUUCACGGCGGUUCAGUUCAGCGCGUACGAGUCGCUCAAAUCGUUCAUGAACCCGUCCGGCGCCUACAGCCCUGUGACGCACGUUGUCGCUGGAGGAAUUGCGGGUGGUCUCGCUGCGGCUGUGACGACGCCGCUCGACGUCGCCAAGACGCUGUUACAGACGCGCGGCUCGUCGACGGAUGAGCGGAUAAGGAAUGCCCGCGGCAUGGGCGAGGCGCUCAAGAUCAUUGUCGAGCGCGACGGCUGGCGGGGCCUGAAGCGCGGCAUGCUCCCCCGUGUCCUGACCGUUGCGCCGUCGACGGCCAUCUCGUGGCUCUCCUACGAGUUUUUCAAGGUCCUCAUCAGGCAGGGCGGCGUCAUGCCUGAGGCCGGACAGCCGACUCCCCCAGUCGCCUAA